GUCCCAAACAAAAGAUGGGGAAACGUCAUCUCGCAUAUGGAGUCCCUUUGGUGGAGAAAAUGUGGAGGUCCGUAGCUCACUGCAAAAGACCACUGGCACUGCUAUAUCAACUCCAUCAUCCUCAUUUGAAACUGAGCAACCCAUAUCAUCCUUCUUCUUCGAACCUGGUUUUCUUCUUUGGAUCAUCAUAUUCUUCUUCUUCUUCUUCAACAAGUGGUGGUGGUCGCAAUUACCAUCUCAGAAAAACAAGAAAAUGGCCACUCUCACCAUACAAAGCCAAGUGGCAAGAAACCUUCAACCAUCAGCAAGCCAUCGAAACCCUAAAACAAUCUACAAAAACCUCACCCAACCUCCUCUCCACUCUCAUCGAUUCCUUCUCCGUCUACAACUGCGACCCAACUCCCAACGCCUACCACUUCAUCAUCAAAACCCUCGCCCAAACCUCCAAACUGGACCAAAUUCCCCCAAUUCUCCACCGGAUAGAAAACGACGAAAAAUUCGAAACCCCCGAGUUCGUUCUCGUCGAUCUGAUUAAAAUCUACGGCCGUGCGAAUUUGAUUCGACCCGCCAUUGAUCUGUUCUUUAGAAUACCCAAGUUUAGAUGUGUUCCUUCAGUAGAUUCUCUGAAUUGUUUGUUGUUAAUACUCUGUAGGAACAGGGAGGGUAUUAGGGUUGUGCCCCAAAUUUUGUUGAAGAGUCAGUUGAUGAAUAUAAGGGUGGAAGAGUCUUGCUUUUGUUUAUUGAUAGAGGGUCUUUGUAGGAUUAGGAAGGUUAAUUACGCGAUUAAGUUGUUGAAUUUCAUGAUAAGCGAUGGGUAUAGCCUUGAUGGAAGACUGUGUUCUUUGAUAAUUGCUACUCUGUGUGAGGAUGGAAAUGAUUUGUCUUGGUCUAGUGUUGAGGUCAUGGGUUUCUGGGAUGAUAUGAGCAGAUUAGGGUUUUCCCCUGGGAGGGUGGAUUGGUGCAAUGUGAUAAGGUUUUUUGUGAAGAAAGGGAAGGGUAUGGAUGCUUUGGAUGUGCUGGAGCAAAUGAAAACGGGUGGGAUUAAGCCGAAUGUAGUGGCUUAUACUUUGGUUCUAGACGGGGUUAUUGCAGAGGGGAAGUUCGAAAAGGCAGACCGACUGUUUGAUGAAAUGCUUGUGUUGGGAUUGGUUCCGAAUAUUCGUACUUACAAUGUUUACAUAAAUGGUUUGCGUAAACAGAACAAGGUGGAGGAGGGAGUUGUUAUGCUUGCUUGUAUGGAAGAGUUGGGGUGCAAUCCUAAUGUUGUCACUUAUAACGUGCUAUUGAAGGGUCUUUGUAAGGCUGGGAAAUUGAGUAGGGCGAGGGAAAUUGUUAAAGAGAUGAAGGAGAAGGGCGUGCAGCUUGACUCGCAUACGUAUGGGAUUUUGAUUGGUGGGUUGGUUAAGGUUGGUGAAAUUGAUGAAGUUUGUCAUAUGGUUAAGGAAAUCUUAGAUAAGGGAUUUCCUCUUCCGUCUUCAACAUUUGACGAUGUGAUAUGUGGGUUGUGCCAAAGAGGGUUGUUUGGCAAGGCACUGGAACUACUAAAAGAAUCUGUUGGCGAGAAUUUUGCUCCUGGAAUUAGGUCAUGGGAAGCGUUGCUCAUAGGAUCUGAGCUAAAUUGUGGUUUUGAGGAUAACGGUUUAAUGCAUGCAGAAACCCCUUUUCAAACUGACAUGCUUGGAAGGCCAGAACUUAUAGUGUGCGUGUAAAUUUGCUAUGUUAAGCUGUUGCAUUAGCCUUUGGUGCAUAUUGGUGCUUCAGUUUCAAACCAAAGACUCGUCCUAUAUGGAAAACUGUAGCUCAAAUUUGGGCAUCUGAGUUAAACAUACAAUUACUUGCAAGUUGCAGGGGAGAGCUGAAGAAAAAGUUCAAAUACCUAUUGUUGAGUUCAUAUAUGUAAAACAGUAAAAGAACUUACAUUUUGAGAGCAUAGACGCGAUUCAAUUUAGUGUUACUGUGAAAGAGGUACUUUUUUCGCUGCCUUGUGUA